GAUAAAUACUUCUUGUUACUAAUUUGAGCGUUAUAUACCUUGCAUUCUAAACAUAAAUAGGUCAGAUAGAAUAGUGCCAUGAGAAAGUAUAUACAUGAUAAAUUACUUCUUAAAAUGAAAGGGCUCAAACAGAAUUACGAGUUGAGAAAAAAUUAAUGUGGAUAAUUGCAUUUAUCGAUCAGACAACGCCUGAAAAAUGGGAUGGCCUUUGAAGAGGAUCAUUUGUGAUUUUACGGAGGGGGCGUUUUGAUUACAUCUUCAAAUUUAAUCUGCUGUGACCGAAACGUGUGAAUGGAUUGUAAACAAGACAUAUCCUUUAUGUCGAAGCGUUUAUCCGACAUAUUUCUUGCUGUGACGUGGAUAAAAUAAACAACAUUCUCGUACAAAUCUGCCGAUUGUUUUCAGAUCAAGUGAUAUCCUAACCAAGAGAAGUGUCCAUACGACACAUAGCAAAAUGUGAGAUAUGGACGGUGUCAUAUCGUUGACAUUUAUGACUUACUCGUAAUAUUCUGACAUGGGAGGCAGUUCUUCGACCCAAGUGACGAUGCUAGGGUUGGACUCAGCUGGAAAAACCACCUGUCUUUACAGACUCAAGUUUGGCCAGUAUACGGAAUCAAGACCAACAGUUGGAUUUAAUUGUGAGAAAAUACAAGUUGAGAAUAGCAGUGGUAAGACUUCCAAUUUCACAGUUUGGGAUGUUGGAGGGCACGAUAAAACAAGACCUUUGUGGAAAUCUUACUGCCGGAAAUCUGACGGGAUCAUCUAUGUGGUCGACAGUACGGACAAGGAACGCUUAGAAGAAGCUAAAGUAGAAUUAGUAAAAAUACUGAAAGCGCCGGAGAUUGCUGGAUUACCUGUCGUGAUAUUAGCCAACAAACAGGACUUGCCUGGCUCGCUGUCUGGAAGUGAUGUGGAAAGCGUGCUGGCAAUGCGCGAGUUACCCACGAGCCAGCUGUGGCACGUUGAGCCUACGUGCGGGGUCACGGGGGAGGGGCUCGAGGAGGCCGUUGAAAAGAUUGCCGACCUCAUAGAGAAGAAACGGAAAGGCAAGCGGAAAAGAUGAAUCUCAUGGGGAUGUAGCCCUGUGAUGGGUGUAUUAUGAUCUCCGGACCCCAACCCCCGGUAUGGUCCAGUACCUGGUUUGAGCUGUUACGGCUUGCAAUGAUGGAUCCAUGGUCCGACUGUGAUGUCCCAUGCACUCGUACAUGUUGUUAACUUUCUUCAAGUCGAGGACUACUAACCGAUUUACCUCAUAAGUGCUGAAAAUGUGAUUGAUUCCUUUACAAAGCAAGCAAUCUGUUCUUUGUCGCAAAAUUGCCCAAUAAGUGCCAUAAUUUGACUAUUGGAUGUUUUCUUCUAUGACACAAAACCAAGACCGUGUGUGAUACUGGAAAUAUAUAUUAUUUACGUUUAAAGAUUGUUAUAAGUAUAUAUACAACAAUUGAAAUGUGUCUAUUUGGUUUAAAUAUGCAAAUGAAUGUUAUCUGAUAAUCUGAAUGUUAAAUAUAAUAUAAUGUAUCCAACUCAUCUAUUGUGAACAUUCCGAUUGAUUUGUAAGUCUUUGAAGAUGUCAGGCUUUUCGUGCUAAAUUAGCGGAUAUUUUAUAUAGAACUAUGUCAGUUUAUUGUUAAGUUUUAUGGUGUAUUAAAGUAUUCUUUGUAGAUGUAUUCUUAAGUUUGACAAUUAUCUGUUUUGGCAAUCUCUUGAAGAAUAAUAUAUUUUAAUUUGGGACACAAAAGAAUGUCAUCAUGUAUGGCUUUAAUAAUAUAUUAGAUAUUAAAACCUUUACAUGUUUUAUUUUAAAGAAUAAUAUUUACAUUUUCUGAAGAAAAGAAGAAAAAUAUACUUCAGUUGCCAUUAUCAUUGAUUUUUGGCAUGUUCGUGUCUCAUGCCUCCAGCUUUUCAAAUAUUCACCAUUAUUGCUGAUUAUAUCUCUCCAGUGCAGGCGAUAUUGUAAGUUUUUACAUAUAUACGAAUACCAUGUAUAUUUCCUUAUAAAUGAAUUGUUAAAGGUCAAGAAAUCUGUUAAAGUUUUGUUGAGAUUAUGUUCACAAAAAAUAGAGUACUUAAACAAUGGAAAACAA